GGGGGCGGGGCGGGGAGCUUGCGUGGGGGGCGGGGCCUGGCGAGGUAGUAAUGACUCUGCCCUCCCCCGGGAGAGCCGGCGAGCAUUAAUAAAUUUCUAAGCCAGAGGAGGAAACUCUGGCUGGGGCAGUGCGUGCAGCUCCGGCUCAGCGUUGGGUUGGGGGGGAGCGGAAAACGGCGGCGCCCACGGCAGGAGCAGCCUAGCUAAGCAAAACACAGCAGAGGCAACCAAGCGAGAGGAGCCCUCCUCUCUCGUAAACACACGGCUCCCCUCCUCCUCGGUCGCCGGCCCCGGGGUGCCGCGCGCCCGCCUGCUUUGGCGCCAGAGGAGGCUCGGACGGCUAUGUAAACGUCGAGGCUGCGGGAGGAGGCUGGGGUGUGUGGGGCCAAGUUUGCGGGUCACUUCGGCAAGGCGCCCUCUUAGCCCUCGCCAGGUUCCUUCUUGUAAGCCUAGCCGCCUCGGGUGCCCUUGGCCUGCCUUCUCCAGCUCCCCAGCUUGCUGCGCGUGUGGCCGGCGACAUGGUGACGAUGGAGGAACUGCGGGAGAUGGACUGCAGCGUGCUCAAAAGGCUGAUGAACCGGGACGAGAACGGCAGCGGCGGCGGCAGCGCGGGCAGCAGUAGCGGCAGCCACGGCGCCCUGGGGCUGCUGAGCGGCGGCAAGUGCCUGCUGCUAGACUGCAGGCCGUUCCUGGCUCACAGCGCGGGCUACAUCCGAGGCUCGGUGAACGUGCGCUGCAACACCAUCGUGCGGCGGAGGGCCAAGGGCUCCGUGAGCCUGGAGCAGAUUCUGCCCGCCGAGGAAGAGGUGCGCGCCCGCCUGCGCUCCGGCCUCUACUCGGCUGUCAUCGUCUACGACGAGCGCAGUCCGCGCGCCGAGAGUCUCCGGGAGGACAGCACGGUGUCGCUGGUCGUGCGGGCGUUGCGCCGGAACGCGGAGCGCACAGACAUCUGCCUGCUUAAAGGUGGCUACGAGAGGUUUUCUUCCGAGUACCCAGAAUUCUGCUCUAAAACCAAGGCCCUGGCCGCCAUCCCACCCCCCGUACCCCCGAGCACCAGUGAGUCCUUGGACCUGGGCUGCAGCUCCUGUGGGACUCCACUGCACGACCAGGGGGGUCCUGUGGAGAUCCUCGCUUUCCUCUACCUCGGCAGUGCCUACCACGCUGCCCGCAGGGACAUGCUGGACGCUCUGGGGAUCACAGCCCUACUGAACGUCUCCUCAGACUGCCCCAAUCACUUUGAGGGACAUUACCAGUACAAGUGCAUCCCCGUAGAAGAUAACCACAAGGCUGACAUCAGCUCCUGGUUCAUGGAAGCCAUCGAGUACAUCGACGCAGUGAAGGACUGCCGAGGACGAGUGCUGGUUCACUGCCAGGCCGGCAUCUCUAGAUCAGCCACCAUCUGCCUGGCCUACCUGAUGAUGAAGAAGCGGGUGAGGCUGGAGGAGGCCUUCGAAUUCGUCAAGCAGCGCCGGAGCAUCAUCUCGCCCAACUUCAGCUUCAUGGGCCAGUUGCUGCAGUUCGAGUCUCAGGUGCUCACCACGUCCUGUGCCGCAGAGGCUGCUAGCCCUUCCGGGCCCCUGCGGGAGAGGGGAAAAGCCACGCCCACCCCCACCUCGCAGUUCGUCUUCAGCUUCCCUGUGUCUGUGGGUGUGCACGCGGCCCCCAGUAACCUGCCGUACCUGCACAGCCCCAUCACCACCUCCCCCAGCUGUUAGGACUAGCCUCGGGACACCGAGGCCAGAGUCGGCCCCCAGCCAGUGUGCAGGCCACAUGUGAGCAGCGAAUAGGGACUGACCAGUGGGGGAUCAGGUGACCAUGCUCCGUCCCUAUCCAUUUCUCCUUGGCCGACGACAGGGCCAGCUAGAAUGGCAAUAACGACUUUGAAUACACAUUAAAAACAAACACAACUAAACACUCCAACACAGAGCAAUAACGGCUGCUUCCGCCGCCAGAGGAGACUUGGUGUGUGUGUCAGUUUUUACUUUGCAGGUAGAAAUUUACCUCACUAUUAUUAUUAUUAUUUUUAAAAGCAAUCAAGCUGGAAAGUUAUGAAACCCACAGAUCCUGGCAAAUGCGCCCAACCAAUCUAAUUAAGUGGAGAGGGAAAGGAAAGAGGAGAAAAAUGAGUUUGCCAGAAAAGUGCCUGGUUCUGUGUGUUUGUCCUUCUAUUGUUGAACUCACCCGAGUUUUGUUCUAGAUCCUUCUAGGCCACAGCAUUCUAAUUAGUGGUCAACUGGAUAAUUAGUUUAAUGGGCGUUGAGAAGCUCAGCCCCCGUGCGCAGGACUCUGGUGACUUUGGGCUAUAUUUCUGUUGAGGUCACACAGUGGAGCAGAGAAACACGCAGGUGUGCUGGCAAUGAGGGGAGUGGGCGGGUUGGUGGUCACCAUGGUUACCAUCUUGCAUUGUUACCCCUAAGAAGCAGGCCGGGUGACUGGCAAGAAAAAAAGUCUUAUGGUUGGUCACGUUUGCAGCUGGCUCCUGGGCCGGCUGAUCCCACCACGUGAGGUUUUUCUCUCUAGUGGUUCAUUUGGCUGUGGAUAGAGCAGUUUCUUCCAGCCUGGCCUAGGAUCUGGACAUUGUCAGUGGUAAAUGCCAUCUUUUCUAAGGUGCUCCUGGAAAACUGGGUGCCGUUCAGAUAUUCCUGUCGUGAAUCAUUUGGUAAGGCCAGAUCAGAACCAGAUCACUGAAGAUGAACUAAAAACGAAUCUCCCUCUCUUGGAUAAAUUGGGUGUUUCAGUUUUAGGAGUUUACUUGAAGUAUACAUACCAAGAAAUUCUUGUUACGAAAUCCUUGUCAAGUGAAUAUUUUGAAAAGCCCUCCUUUUGAAUAAAAGUCUGGACGCGUGAGAGAGCAAAGGGUAGGGGCUGGAUGUCAGCUCCUAUUUACUGAUGCCUGGUGACUUACGAGCCAUGUUGGGUUCUGACUGGGCUAACAUCAUUUUAAAGGAGCCUUUCCAAGUGGAGGAAUGGCUUUGGAGAAAUAAGUGUGUUUUCUGGGGGGAAGAUGCAGGGUGGGGAGGGACCCUGUUUCAUCUGAAGUAUUGGGAGACAGUUUCGUGGGGGUGUGCCAGAUUAGAGGUCACGAGCAUGGUCCCAUCCCCCUCCCCCUCUCCAACACCUUGAGCAUAAAAUGUAACUUCAGGCCUCCAUGUCACAUGGCGAUGGAAUGCUUUCUCAUCCAGAACCCCAGACAGCCCGGGUUCAUGGUUUUCCCGUCCAUGAAAUGUGAACCUGUGUUGGUAGAACUUGUGACCUGUGUCAAACUCUGCCUUUGGGUGAGAAGUGAGGGGUGCCCUGCUUGCUUCUCUGACUGCCCCUUGGUUGAAGGCAUAGCGGGGCUGAGCUCCGCAAUGGUGGACUGCCUAUGCCUAGUGGCAUGGUCCUCCAUUUCUGCCCCCUGCUUCAUGUUUGGUGAGGAAUUAGAUGAAAUGAGUUUCGUAGCUAGACGUCCGUCUAAGUCCUGGGUUCCGAGAAGGUAAAGGGCACCUGGAGAGCAGACAGCCUGUAGACUACAUUCUCUUUCUAGAUGAGUGCUUGCCAAAUGUGUCCUAGUUCCCAGACUGGAUCCCAACCACACAGGCAGCAAGAGCUCCAAAUAUCCCUCCCCGCUUCCUCAUUCGAACCUCCUAUGACAGUGUCAAGGGGCUAUUUAUAAAGUCAUUUUUUUUGUACUUUGUAACAGCAUGAGACCCAAAACUCUUAGAAAGUAGGACAUUGGUUUGAUUGACAAAAAAGUUCUCCAGACCACCUUCUUUGGCUUGCAAUAGCUCUAAUGAAGACCGUCAUUCCUAAUGGUUAGUUUUGAAAGACAAUAUCCCAGCCAGGAGCUGAUUUCUGGUGAUGGGAGGUUCUGGAAUGUUGGAAAGAUCCUCCCCGGGGAUCUUGGCUCCAUCAUCCAUGGUGUUUGUGAGGCUGAGGGGUGGAGCACACAGGUGAGCAGAGCAGGCGGCAAGCAGCUCUCAGCUCCAUUUGCCCCUGAGACCUUGUGCUCUGGUUCUUGGCUUUCAGUAAGGCUGGGGAAACCAAGGAAAGGGGUUGAGAGUCCUUGGGAAGGAGGCAGGAGGAAGGGACUGGGCGAUGGCCAAGGAAGCCUGUGGCAUUAAUAACAAUAGUUCAUAUAGGUUCAUCAUAAUCACCCCGGUAGCCUUUAAACUAACUCCUCAUAUCUAGGUGACCCUUGACCAAAUAAACCAGGGCUUGUGUGGGUGGGACCCGGACACCACUGUUACAUUGUUCCUAUGUGCUUUCACUGGUUACAGCCCAAGUCCUGGAGACGCCAUUGCUUCAGGAUGGUGAAAGCCAGGUCUUGUUAGCACACAGCUAGCUUGUGAAACAGAUGUUACAGCUGGGCUUUGUAACAGUGUUAGUGUGGUCCCAUUCUCCGCAGCCGGCUGAGGGAUGGGGGGUGGUUUCUUUUCAGCAAGCCCCUGAACGGGAACCAAUUUGUGGAGCAUCGUGAGUGAGCUCAAUAUAGUGUCUGGAUGUUGAUGUAUUUCCUUAAACUUUGUCUGCAAGAAAGAUGGAGAAAGUAUGUGUCUGUUCUGAAGUCCUCCUUCUAGUGCCCCACCCUUCCUUAGAGCUCACAAAUCAUUCAAGGGACUUCAGAAAGAUAACAAUGCAAUACUUGUAACUUGUGUAAAUAGCCCCAUCUUUCUGAGUGGUGUCAUUUCUACAUUUGAUAUGCUUGUAUUUCUGUAGGAUGUACAUUGUUUUUUUUUUAGAAGAGUCAAACAUGUCUGUUUUUAUUUAUUGCUUGAAAAAAGAUCAUUUGAAGAAAAAUAAAUACAUUUUCAAC